AAAAUGAACAAGGGAAAUUGCUCCUCUGUGAAUGAAUUCAUUUUCUUGGGAAUUACCAAUAAUUCUGAGAUGAAGGUGAUCCUUUUCAUUACAUUUCUAUUUAUUCAGUUUGUUACUCUCCUGGCAAAUGUUGGAAUGAUCAUUUUGAUCAGAAUGGACAAACAUCUGCACAUACCAAUGUAUUUUUUUCUCAGCCAUCUCUCUUUCUCUGACCUUUGCUAUUCCACUGCAAUUGGACCCAAGAUGCUAGUGGAUCUCUUGUCUGAGAACAGUUCAAUUUCCAUAGUCGGAUGUGCUCUGCAGUUCUUGACAUUCUGUAUGUUUGCAGAUGCUGAGUGUCUACUUCUGGCAGUGAUGGCCUUUGAUCGGUACCAGGCCAUCAGCAAUCCCUUGCUCUACACCGUGAACAUGUCCAACACCGUGUGCUACCUGUUCCUGGUUGUGGUUUACUUAGUGGGCAUGACAGAUGCUUUGAUACAUACAACAUUAACAUUCCACUUGUGUUUUUGUGGGUCUAAUGAGAUCAAUCAUUUCUUCUGUGAUAUCCCUGCUCUUCUCUUAAUAUCUUGCUCAGAUACACAAAUCAAUGAAUUGGCAAUAUUCACCAUUUUUGGUUUCAUUGAACUGAGCACCAUCUCAGGAGUUCUUGUGUCCUAUUGUUACAUCAUCUCAUCAGUCUUGAAGAUCCGCUCUGCUGAGGGCAGGUUCAAAGCCUUCUCCACCUGUGCCUCCCACUUAAUGGCAGUUGCAAUUUUCCAGGGAACUAUUCUCUUCAUGUACUUUCGUCCAACCACUUCUUACUCUCUGGAUCAAGACAAAAUGACUUCACUGUUUUACACCCUGGUUAUUCCCAUGCUGAACCCUCUGAUUUACAGCCUGAGGAACAAGGAUGUGAAAGAAGCCCUGCAAAAACUGAGAAAUAAAUGGUGA